AUGAAUCAGAAUAAAAUAAUAGAAAGUUUACUUAAAGGAUUAUAUGAUAGAAAUAUUAAUGCCAGAACAGAGUCACAAAAAGCAUUAAGUAUAUUAUUUAAUUUAUUUACAUCAAAAGAAUCAAAUAAUUUUGAUCCCGAAGCAUUAUAUAAACAAGCAGUAGUAUAUUUAAAGCAAACGAAUUCAGCAGAUCUUCAACAUGGAGCAUUAUUAUUAAUGGUAAGUUUAUUAAGAAAUUGUAAAGAAUAUAUGAAGCCUAAAUAUAAUGAAGUAUUACAAAUGUUUUUAAAUGUAAAAGAACAUAAAUCUAUGGUUAUUAGAAAAACUGUUAUUACAUCAUUACCAUAUUUUGCACAAUUUGAUUGUGAUUCAUUUGCACCAAAAAAUGAAGAAGUUAUAGAAAGUUUUCAAAAAGAUAGAAAAAGUAUUGCAGAUUUUGCACAAUUUGAACAUGAUGAAUUAACAAAAAUUAAAUGUGCAGAACCAUUUAAUGGAAUAAUGAAUUAUUUAAUUAAUUCAAUCAAAUCAUUUAGUGAUAAAAGUAUUGUAUUUACAGUUAUUGGAGAUAUUACACGAGAAAUUAAAUAUGAAAUGUAUGCAUUUGUAGAACAAGUAUAUGUAAAAAUGAGAGAAAUUAUUAAUUCUAAAGAAAAAAAAGCAGAAAUAUUAAAUUCAAUAAUGUAUUGUAUGGAACAAUUUAUUAUCAAUAUUCCAGUACCACGAGUAUUUGCAUUAAUUCAUAAAACAUUUCCAACAUUAUUAGAAUUAGGAUUAUCAACACCAUUAGUGUCAUUAAUUAAUCAAAGUUGUACUAUAUAUAAUAAUCCUACAUAUCGUCUUCAAACACAAAAAUUAUUAUUAGAUGUUAUUUGUGGUGUGUUAUUAGGAAAAGCAUUUAUUCCAUUUGGUGCACCUGAACAUUUAAAAAUGUUUAAUAGAACUAUUGUACCAACAGUAGAAGGAGAUGAUCAAAUCAUAUUAGCACUUAAUACAUUACAUUCAUUUAAAUUUAAACAUAAUAUUGUACCAGUUGUUAAAGAAUGUAUAAUGAAAUAUAUAGAUAAUGAAACAAAGAAAAUACGUCAAGAAGCUGCAAUGUUAACACAAGUACUUCUUCCACCAAUUGAUACAACAAAAAAAUUUAUUUCUACACUUGAUGUUACAGAAGUAUUAGAGAAAUUACUUGAUCAUGGAUUAAGUGAUCCAGAAAGUGACAUUAGAAUAGCAAUAAUGAAAUUAUUAGAUGAACGAUUUGAUAGUUUUCUUGCACAAUCAAGAAAUGUUCAAACACUUUUUGUUGUUUUAAAUGAUGAGAAUUUACAAGUUAGAGAAUAUGCUAUUAAAAUUAUAGGAAGAUUAACACAUUAUAAUCCUGCAUUUGUUAUGCCAUUAUUUAGAAAAACUAUUAUUCGGUUAUUAACACAAUUACAAUUUAUUAAUGAUUUGAAGACAGAUGAACAAGUAACAUUGUUAAUGGGUCAAUUAGUCAAAUCAUCAGGGAAAUUAACUAAGCCAUAUGUUGAACCAUUAUUAAAUAGUUUAUUACCAAAAUUAGAAGAAGCAAUAAAUAAAUCACAUAGUACAAUAUGUAUUUAUAUAUUAAAUACAAUUGGAGAUUUAACAACAAUUGGAAGUGAUAGUAGUCAAUAUACACAAGGAUUAAUGAAGUGUAUAAUUAGUGUAUUACAAGAUAAAGGAAAUUCACAAAAGAAAAGUCUUAGAAGAGAGUCAGCAUUAAUUGCAUUAGGAAAGUUAGUAAGAAGUAUUGGAUAUGUUGUACAACCAUAUUAUGAUUAUCCUGAAUUACUUGGAUUAUUAAUUGAACUUGCUAGUAAUGAAAGAAAUCAAGACAUUAAAAUAGAAUUAAUAAAAGUAUUUGGAAUUAUUGGAGCAAUUGAUCCAUAUAAAUAUAAAUUAUUAACAGAAACAGAAGGAGCAAACCAAAAUGAUGAUGCUGAAACAGUAGAAUCAUUAUUACCUAUUUCACAAGCAGGAACAGAAGAAUUUUAUGCAAUGACAGUAAUUGGAUUAUUACUUAAUAUUUUAAGAGAUAAUAAUCUUGUUUCUGGACAUGAACAAACAGUAAAAACAUUUGUUAAAGUUAUUUGUUAUUUAAAUAGAAAAACAUUACCAUAUAUUCCACAAAUAUUAUCAUUAUAUUUAAAAUUAUUUAAAACAUGUACUAUUAGUGUAAGACCAGCAUUAAUUAAAGGAUUAGCUGAUAUUAUGUAUCUUAUAGAAAAAAAUAUUAGAGAAUAUCUUCCAGAAAUAUUUACAUUAAUUCAAGAAUGUUGGGAUGAUACUACAGUAUUACCAAUAUUACAAUUAGUAUGUGAAAUUGCUAAAGUUAUGCAUGAUGAAUUUAAACAAUAUAUGCCUCAAAUGCUUUCAUUAAUUAUAUCAGAAUUAAAUAAAUAUGUAUUUGAACAAAAUAGUUUAGUAUUUGAAAAAAUUAUUAAUUCUAUUGUUGUAUUAGCUGAACAUAUUGACUUUGAAGAUUAUCUUCAUUUAGUUAUUCCAAGUAUUAGUGAUCUUGUUAAUGAACAAGUCCAUUGGAGUAUUGUUCUUCCUACAUUAAAAGCUUUAUAUAAAUUUUUACAAUAUGUUAAUGCAGAAGAGUUUAUUAGUAGGUUAGUUCUUCCAUUAACUAGACUAUUACAAAAUGAAAUAUUAAGAGAUGCAACUAUGGAUGUAUUUUGUAGUAUAGCAGAUGGUCUUGGUAAAAGAUUUUUAGUUUAUGCUCCAACAAUUAAAUUUGCAUUAAAUAAAUAUUGUCCAAAAUAUAAUAAUCAACG